UUCUUGGUCACCCUCACAUCCCUUUCAGCGAUUCCAAACUGUGGUGGUUACUUGGACUCCUUGGAAGGAUCUUUUACCAGCCCCAAUUACCCAAACCCACAUCCUGAGCUGGCUUAUUGCAUGUGGCACAUACAAGUGGAGAAAGGUUACAAGAUAAAUUUAAACUUCAAAGACAUUUUCUUAGAAGCGGAUGAACACUGCAGAUUUGAUUUCAUUGCUGUCUAUGACGGCUCUUCCACCACCUCCGGCCUGAUUGGACAAGUGUGCGGCUAUGCAAGGCCCACCUUCGAGUCCUCGUCCGACUCCUUGACUGUGGUNCUGUCGACAGAUUACGCCAACUCCUACCGGGGCUUUUCUGCUUCCUACACUUCCAUUUAUGCAGAAAAUAUCAACACAACAUCUUUAACUUGUUCCUCUGACAGGAUGAGAGCUAUCAUAAGUAAAUCCUACCUGGAUUCAUUUAAAUACAAUGAGAAUAACUUACAACUGAAUGACCCAACUUGCAGACCAAAGGUAUCAAAUGUGGUGGAGUUUUCUAUCCCUCUUGAUGGAUGUGGAACAAUCAAAAAGGUAGAAGACUAUUCAGUGACUUACACCAAUACAAUCGUUCUUAUCCCGUCCCCCACGUCUGAAGUGAUCACCCGUCAGAAACAUCUCCAGAUUAUUCUGAAGUGUGAAAUGGAAUCUAAUUCUACCGUGGAGAUGAUGUACAUAACGGAAGAUGACGUAAUACAGAAUGAAAGUGCAGUGGGCAAAUAUAACACCAGCAUGGCUCUCUUUGAAUCCAAUUCAUUUGAAAAGCCUAUACUGGAGUCACCAUAUUAUGUGGAUUUGAACCAAACUCUUUUCGUUCAAGUCAGUCUGCGCACCCCAGAUCCAAAUUUGGUGGUGUUUCUGGAUACCUGUAUCGCCUCUCCCACACCUGACUUUGCAUCUCCAACCUAUGACCUAAUCAAAAGUGGAUGUAAUCAAGAUGAGACUUGUAAGGUGUAUCCCUUAUCUGGACACUAUGGAAGAUUCCAAUUUGAUGCCUUCAAAUUCUUGAGAAGUCUGGGCUCCGUGUAUCUACAGUGUAAGAUUUUGAUAUGUGAUAGUAGUGACCAUCAGUCUCGCUGCAACCAAGGCUGUGUCUCUAGGAGGAAACGAGACAUUUCUUCAUACAAAUGGAAGACUGAUUCUGUCAUAGGACCUAUUCGUCUGAAAAAGGAUCGAAGUGCAAGUGGAAAUCCAGGAUUUCAGGAUCAAAUACACAGAGAAGAAACUCAGAAUCAACCUUUCAACAGUCUGCACCUGUUCUCAUUCAUGGCCCUGGCUCUGAAUGUUGUGAUUGUGGCUGCGCUCAUAGCAAGGCGUUUUGUGAAUCAGAGAGCAGACUACAAAUACCAGAAGCUUCAGAAUAUUAACUAAGCGGUUCAGCCUUCAACGAGACACAUUUCUCCUGAAUGCCAAAGGAAAUGCUGCGACAGGGCUACACAUUGUGAAUAAAUUAGGAAGAGCCUCAUAACAACGACACCCAGGUCCUGCUGUCACCGGUUGGUUGGAGCAGGCUGCCUUGCAGGGGUGAUUGAAACGAACUGACAUUAUGUCCAUGCUAAGGAACUAAAGACACCAAAAUAUUAAAUGAAUUAGAAACGUCCUUUUUCACAAGCACGAAACAUUCUCAGUAAACAUUAGGUGAAAAGAAGAAGGUUGUUUUUUACUUAAAUCUUCCACAUUAGAUGUGUUUAUUUCCUAGAUGCAAAUAUGCUACCUUUUGAAAUGUCUACGAGGGUUAUAGUUUCCGAAACUAAGUGUGACAGAGAGAAUUGCCAUCUUGCUUAUUCACAUGCCUCACUGUAGUGCAGAUCCUCAGCAUUUCACAACUUAAACCCAUCUCAGCAAAGGGCUUUGGAAAGAAGAAAGCUAUUUCAUGGUCUAAGAACAGGAGAGAAGAACCUAAGUAUAAAAGGAGAGCCUCCUGUGUAGUUUCUAGGUGAAGGAAUGGAAACACAAUUGUCCCAUCUACCGUCGGACCCCAAAGCCAAAUGUGAUCCCGGCGAGGAGCAGUCUGUUCGGACUGACACUUUCCUAUCUACUGUGGCUAAACGGUAUCAGGGGCCUCGAUGUGUGCCGCUCUUACACACACCAAACAUCAUAUUCAAUUCUCUUAGUUGGACAGUACAGCUCUACCCCCUCACCCAACACCACCAUGGUUUCAGGUUCUGAUAUACAUCCAAAGAGGCAGCCACAUUUCUGAAUGCCCAAGGACAUUCUCCUGGACUCCCUGACACACGGCUUGGCGACCCAGUAUGCCCAGGGAGUACACCACAGUAGGACAGCACCUCGACCCUCCUCGAACACGUUGUUAGGGGCCUGCUGGGUUUCCAGUUCCAAAUGAAAGCAGAUCUUCCCCA